AGCAAUUCAGCACGCGUUCACGGCUUGUGCAGCCACCGAUGGGAGCAAAGCAAUCGGCUAUGGCGAAAGAUGGUCAGACUGCCAUCACUUACACUUACACCGACGAGGCGCCGAUGCUUGCGACGCAUGCCUUCUACCCCAUCAUUCAGGCCUUUUGCUCUCAAGCCAAGAUCCCUGUGCAGAUCCGUGAUAUCUCUGUGGCUGGUCGACUGAUCUCGCACUUUCCGGACUACCUCAGCCCUGAGCAGAAGAAGGAGUCUCUCACACCAGAAACUCCUACCAUUGAAGUUGACCAAUUGGCAGCCCUGGGUGAAAUGGCCAAGGGUGGCAAGGCCAAUAUCAUCAAGCUGCCGAAUGUGAGUGCUUCCCUUCCUCAGUUGAAGGAGUGCAUCGCAGAGCUACAAGGAAAGGGUUACAAGAUCCCGAACUAUCCGGAAGAUCCCAAAGAUGAUGCGGAGAAGGAGAUCAAGGCCCGCUACGCCAAAGUCCUGGGCAGUGCCGUGAACCCGGUGCUGCGCGAGGGCAAUUCGGACCGCCGCGCGGCGGUGCCGGUGAAGGAGUAUGCCUUCAAGUACCCACACUCCAUGGGCAAGUGGCUUCCAGACUCCAAGACUCACGUGAGUUCCAUGGAGGAGGGCGAUUUCUUUUCCCACGAGAAAUCUGUGGUCAUCUCCGAGAAGUGCGAGGCGCGCAUCGAGAUGCUCUCGGAGGAUGGCAAGGUCACGGUUUUGAAAGAUAAGCUCACCCUUCAGAAGGAUGAGGUCUUGGACGCGUCCUUCAUCAACUGCAAAAUGUUGCGUCGCUUCUUUGAAGAGCAGAUCGCCGAGCGAGGCGUGAUGUUCUCCUUGCAUUUGAAAGCAACGAUGAUGAAGGUCUCAGAUCCCAUUAUGUUCGGGCACUGCGUGAAGGCCUAUUUCAAGGAUGUCUUCGCCAAGUAUGCCGAGACGUUCGAAAAAAUUGGUGUUAACGCCAACAACGGCCUUGGCGACAUGGCUAAAAUCAACGAAGCCCAGAUCCGGAGGGCCAAUUUGGGAUGGUCCCCAAGGUCCAGGAUCCCUAGCAGACCCCAAAUCCAACGCAAGUCGGUGUUUUCUCCCAGGCGGGAUGGUUCGUUGUGGGUUUGUGUGAUUAAUUAA